AUGCUUUCAGUACUGCCUGCGCCUUGCACCUUCUCGGUGCUUCUGCAGUUCGGCCAUCCCGCUGCGCAGUACUUCCGCAAGGUGCGAGGCGGUGGAGUGUUAUCAGAUUUGGACUAUGUGUUGUUCACCACCUACUUCGCCAUCUGUGCCGUCUGGAUGUUCCUGGAGUCCACUCUCCUGUGGCCUCUAGUGGAUUAUUGUCCACUGUUUGUGGAGUUCAAGAUGCUUUUCUUCUGGUGGCUAGUGUGCCCUGAGUACAAAGGUGCAGCGUAUCUAUGGCAUUGGACUUACAGUGAGCAGUAA